UGAGAGCACAUGCACUCUUACAACAAGCACAAUGUGGGAAAGUGUCGAGCCUUUAAACUGCUGUAAUUACCGACUAAGAAUCGGAAGACUGCUGGCUUUGUUCCCUGCUCAGGCUGGCUUCAGGCUCAUUCACUCUGUCACCUGCCGCUACAGAGAAACGGAGUCGGCAAUGAUAAGCAAAGAGGAUAGCAAGAAGGAGAAGGCAGAUGGGGAGGUGGUGCGACUUCAGAGGAAGAUUGGGUUGGUGCCUGCUGUGUCCUUCAUCAUCGGGACGGUGGUGGGCAGUGGGAUCUUCAUCGCACCCAAGGGAGUCUUGAUGAACAGUGGCAGCGUGGGGCUGUCUCUGCUGGUGUGGGCGCUGUGUGGCGUCCUCUCCUUGUUUGGGGCUCUGUGCUAUGCUGAACUGGGCACCAGUUUUACAAAAUCAGGAGGUCACUACACUUAUCUGCUGGAGACACUGGGGCCCCUACCUGCUUUCCUGCGACUCUGGGUUGAAUUCUUAUUCAUCAGACCAGCUGUAUCUUCUUAUGUGUCCCUGGCUUUUGGUCGUUAUGUGGUGGAGCCAUUCUUUGCACCUUGUCCUGCUCCCAUGGCGCUAAUCAGACUCGUUAGUUUCCUCGGAUUGACGUUUGUCGUGGCCGUGAACUGCUGGAGUGUGAGCAUGGCCUCUCGCACUCAGGUCACUUUGACUUUCAUUAAGAUGUUUGCUCUGGUCCUGAUCAUCAUCCCCGGUUGUGUUGCCCUGGGAAAAGGAAAGACAGAAAAUUUCCAGAAUGGCUUCGAGGUUGACUUACUUACACUGGACAGGUUGCCAUUGGCCUUCUUUAAUGGCCUGUAUGCCUACGGAGGAUGGUUUUAUCUGAACUUUGUCACAGAAGAGGUCAUAAACCCAAAUAGAAACAUCCCGCUGGCAAUAAUCUGCUCCAUGGUGACAGUGACAGUCUUUUAUGUGCUUGUUAAUGUGGCCUACUACACCAUGAUGACACCCGCUGAGCUGCUGCUGUCUGAUGCUGUGGCUGUCACGUUUGCCAACCGUACUCUCCAGGGAAUGGCUUCUGUGAUCCCUAUUCUGGUGGCCUUGUCUUGCCUGGGCGCUCUUAAUGGGGGCUUCUUUGCGGUGCCCAGGAUGCUGUUUGUGGGAGCCAGGGAUGGCCACUGGCCGCCGAUCUUUUCCAUGAUUCAUAUCCGGAGACACACACCUUUACCUGCAGUGCUGUUUCUGGUAAAGUGCUUGCCACACAUUAGAAGCCAGAGAUCUAAGCGAAAAAAUAGGAAGCACUCUGAAGAAUUUACAGCAAGGAGAAAUAUACCAGCUCAUCAACUUUGCCUCUUUUCCUCGCUGGUUCUUCAUCGCCUUGGCGACCCUUGGGAUGCUCAUCCAUCGAUAUCGUUUCCCUCUUCACCCGAGACCUUUCAAAGUGUCUUGGGUCAUCGCGAUCACCUUCACCUUGGUUUGCUUCUUCAUCGUGGGCCUGUCUCUUUAUUCAGACCCCUGGAGCACUGGGAUAAGCUGUGCUCUCACACUGACUGGGGUCCCGGUUUAUUAUGUGACGGUCAAUCGUUUUCGCUUGCCUCAUAGAUGGAGACGCAUCUUCAACUACUGCAGCAAGCAGCUGCAGAUUCUUCUAGAAGUGGUUCAACAAGAAGUCCAGACAUACUGAAGACCCAAAGACAGCCUGCUUUCUACCGACAGACUUCAUGGAUACCACUUUGACAAAUGCUAGAAAACGUAUCUUUGCAGUAUGAACCAAUGUGUUUGAAGUAGUCAUUUUGUACUAAAAUACUUUAAAGAUCCUGUGUAGAGAAAAUACUUGAAACAAGUGAAACUAUGCUGGAAACAAGAGUAUCUGCUUGUAGGACUUUAAUUUGAAAAAUCUGAUCUUAAAACUGUGAAAUGUCACUCAUCGUGGAAAUUUUUCCAGCUUUAACGGCCACUGGCGUAAAAAUAUACUUGUUAAACUUUCAAAGCUCUGCUAUUGAUAGUCAUGUUUUUCUGUAAAAACUUCUGUAUAAACUGAUAAAGUGCUUUUAGAAUGACAGAGACCAUGUAUGAACAGUUUCAACUUUUAUUCAAAUAUAAAUAGAAAUAAGCAGUA